UAAUAGCAAGUGACUCCCUGAGCUGUCUGCUCUUCCUUUCUUUUUUCUCCCCCCGCUCUCUCACCCCAGCAAGAACUCUGCAUAUGGAGAGUAUUUAGGUGUCAGAGCCAUGAGUCAUACAGAAGUGGGUCUGGAGUGAUGAAUGACGGUGAGGACUGCAGAGCCGGACUUGGCCCCAACCUGAGGACACAGAGGAGCAGAGAGAAAGGGGCAUAAAGUGAAGUAUCGAGUAGAGGGAGGCAGAGUGGGAAAAAGAGAGAGAGAGAGAGAAAGGCAGGGAGGGAGGACAGACAGAGAUAGAGAGAGAGAAAGAGAGAGAGAGAGAGAGCGCAUCCCAGAGAAAAUCCCCUGCUUACUUUGUAGUUGCCGGCAGACACCUGACAGUUUGCAGAUGCCGACAGAUGUGCCCGGAGACAGGCUUCACAGAGGGGAGAAUGCCAACCCGUGUGACAGUAUGACUUUGUCCAGCACUCCAACAGUUCGCAGAGGAAGCACUCCUCUGCCAAUAAAGCACCAGCUCAGGCGAGAAGAAGCCGUCCACGAUGAGUGCGAGUGGACGCUGGGUGCGGCCGGGCCUUCGGCUUCGCCUGUCGGCUUCACCUCUGCCCUGGACGACGCUCCCACCGUGGCUGUGGAGGCCAGGCCCGACGGGCCGUUACGGAUCGCCCUCCUGGGGCAGAACGGUGUGGGGAAAUCCUCUCUGGCCAUCGCCCUGGCGGGGGACAUGGACAGGACUGCGUCUGUGGAUUCUGAUGGGGAGGGAUAUGUGAGCACAGUCACUGUGGAUGAUGAGGAGAGCACCAUCAUUAUCUUUGACAACUGGAGACAGGACCUGUCGGCUCUCCAGUGUGAGGUGUGUGUCCUGGUGUUUUCGGUGACUGACAGGCGCAGCUUCCACCGUACCGCUCAGCUUCGACUACUCCUCCGGGAGACUCAGCCCCAGACUCCCAUCAUCCUUGUCGGUAAUAAGAGUGACCUGGUCCGUACGCGUGAGGUCACCUCGCAAGAGGCCAUGUCCAGCGCUGCCCUCUUCAAUUGUCUGUAUCUGGAGAUCUCGGCCUCUCUGGACCACCGCACGCCGGAGCUGCUGGAGUGCGCGGUGCGUCUGGCCCGGGGCCAGUGCCCGUGGCCCCCGGGGACCAGUGCAGAGGACAUGAGCGGGGGAGGCCAGCGUGAAAGCAUCACCUCACGUGCCAAACGUUUCCUGUCCAGCCUGGUGCCCCGGUACCCGCGGGAGCGGGAAGUGAGCAGGUUCUCCAGACAGAAGUCUCGCUCGUGCCACGACCUGGGGGCUCUGUGAUCACGCACCGCAAGGAAGUUCAUGUUUUUUUGUUUUGUUUUAGGGUUUUUUUGUUGGAGCGGAGAUAGCUUGUAGGGAUGUAAUAUACCAGCACAGAGGAGGAGGAGGAGGAAGA